UUAGGAUAUAAAAGGACGGAUGGACAAGAGGACAAGCAGUCACUUCUUCGCCUCCCUCCGCCAUGAAGGUCCUCCUGCUUGUCUUCGCCCUCGUCGCCGCCGUCAGCGCCCAGACGGAGCCCUGGUGUCGCUGCGCCGCCUUCGUCACCUACGAACACUCGGAGAUCAUGGUGUACGAAGCGCCCGAAGUCACCAUCGACUCCUGCGUAGACGACGCCAAGCAGUGCAAGAGAGCCUGCGCCAACGAGCUGAACACCAUGAGCAACAACGGCGACCUCUGGCACGUGCAAGAAAACGGGCUCACCGUCGGCCAGUACAUCUGCACUUACCUGGCCGACCACUUCUUCUUCUGGAUGAGCAACCAUAAGGUGUACGGCUACUACGAGGUGUGCGGCGGCGCCUGGGAGUUCUCGGGCGUGGAGUCUCAGCAGCUGCUGUGCUGCGACGGAGGCAAGCACGAGCACUGCAUCGCCAAGUAGGAAUGAAACGGAUACCGCUUGCCGCUGCUGCUUCUUUGGCUGUUGCGCAAAUAAAGGUUGAUCAAUAUCA